AUGUCGGAGUGCCGCGUGAAUGAUGACAACGAGCUCGUAAACGAUGAAAACGUAACGGCUAAGCCUCUUGGAUUAGAAAGUAAGUCCCUUCCUGACGAUCGCAUCACAGCGUCAUCUGUGGCAAACGCACCACCCACCCCUCCCUCCAACGCUAGGCUAAACAACUCCGUAGCGUGGUGUGCAGGCGAUUCUUAUGACUGCUGGCUACAAGUCGACCUAGGGGGGACCCACCGCGUCACUUCUGUCGCUACGCAGGGGAACCCUAAGGGGAAUAAUGAUUAUGUCAAGAAAUACCGUCUGCAGUACUCACUUGACGACGAGAGUUGGGUCACCCACGAGGAGAAUGGGAACCAGAUCAUUGACGCCAACGAGGAUCAUAACUCAGUUAAGACAGUAAGUCUACAGCAACCGAUAGUUGGUCAGUUUGUCCGGUUCUGUCCGGUCGAUUGGUACUUUUGCCCUUCCUUAAGGGUGGAGCUGUAUGGCGUUCCUGAGGAAGACAAAAGAAGUAAAGAUGAUGAGCAUGAAACGAUUGUCAUGAAAACGGAAAAGCUGGUACAGACUGACGAACAGGGAGAAAGGAGAAUCAAAGAGAGUGGAAUUAAGGAAGAUGUGGAUAGAAUUAAAGAUGAUGAUCGUGAAACGAUUGUCAUGAAAACGGAAAAGCAGGUAGAGACUGACGAACAGGGAGAAAGGAGUAUCAAAGGGAGUGGAAUUAAGGAAGAUGUGGAUAGAAUUAAAGAUGAUGAUCGUGAAACGAUUGUCAUGAAAACGGAAAAGCUGGUACAGACUGACGAACAGGGAGAAAGGAGAAUCAAAGAGAGUGGAAUUAAGGAAGAUGUGGAUAGAAUUAAAGAUGAUGAUCGUGAAACGACUGUCAUAAAAACGGAAAAGCAGGUACAGACUGAGGUCACUGAUGAGGAUGAGAAAUAUCAGAAGCAAACCGGGAGGCACAGCGAGACCCAGAAAAUCGUUUUUAUUCAUCUUAUUCAUCAGAUGACAGAGAAAAAAUCGCCAUCGCUUGAAGAGUGCAGUAUCCACUCUGAAGACGCCCAACCCUUGCACCCACCUUUAUGCGCCAUCAGAGAGGACGACAUCCACCGCCUGAUGGACUGGGAGACAGAAGGCACACGAGGGUGGAAGAGGCUCAAGAGGUCACGUGACUGUGAAGUAUGGAGCAGACGAUCACAAGAGGGCGGGCCGCCAAUCACUAAGGCCAUAGUCAAACUAGGUGGCGUCCCUUAUGACGAAGCGGUGAAGCUUCUCCAGGACUGGGAGACGCGUCGCCACUGGGAUAAGACUUUCGACAGAAUUGAUGUCCUCGGGAAGUUCGACGACCCAUCAUCACUACUCAUUCACUGCCCAAUAAAAAAGCAUGAGUUUGGGCUUGAAAUCCUGGACAAGGACGACAAGAACGAGCCAUACUUCGCUUCAGCUUGGCGCAACGCGACGCACCCAAAGACUCAACACGAGAAGCCAAAACCACUCAAGUUGGACUACUUAUUCGCGGGACUUGUCGUCCGUCCACAGUCCGUCGAUAACAAUUCUUUGCUCGUCACCAUUAUUUGCCAAGUUAAAGGGUCAGUUCCCUCUCAGGCCAAGGGCACUUUCUUAGUCGCUGACCCAGCCAAAUGGGCGGCUAGUCUCAAGAAAUUCCACGCGCAGAAACUCAAGAUGAAGGCGCCUGUGACUAACAACUCGCAACAACAUUCUUGUUGUCGCUUUUUCCGAACUUAGGGGAGUAAGCUGAGACGGAGAAGAAGUAGAAAGACACCGUCCUUUCUUCCUUUCUCCUUGUCUAACCUUCAUGUUGAUUUGCACCGCUUUCUUCUCUGUCUCCGUUUUGUUUGCUAAGUGAAAACGGUGAUUUUGCCAUCGGAUAUCCGACCCGAUUAUAUUCAAUAAGUUCAAACCAAUUCUUGUAAGCUUUAGUGAAGUCAACGGCUUUCAAGUCAAAUAAAUGGGCGUAAAUGUGACAUUUACUGACAUUUAUUUAAAAAUAAAAUGAUGUAAACUUAAAAUCUGUCAUUUUGGAUGUUAUCUAUAAUUUUAUGAAAUAGAUAUACAAUUUCAUGUAAGUUGUUUGCGCUACAAAUAAAAUCAAUAACAACUAAUAAAGAAAUUGAAUACGCUCAUA